AUGCAUUACUAAAAUAGAGAAGCUUAUACCAAUUAAAUGGAUAAUCUCAGUUAAGUGGGAAUAAAGGACUUCGAAUAGAAGGACUUUUAUGAGAAAUGUGAUAAUAAAAUGUUAGUGCUCCAUGAAUUAAAGUAAUUUGAGAAAAUUCAGAAAUCAUAUAAUGCUGAUCCAAAACUGAAGGCAUCUGACUUUUAUUCCUCAUUUACAUUUUUAAAUGCUGUUAUUGUUGUAUAAUAGAAUAUGGGCAAUCUAAAAAAAAUUUUUGAAUCAAAUGAUGAAUUAUACGGUGUUUGGCUCUGGAAAUAAGGCUUAGAGAAACUAGUGAUAGUUGAUGAUUAAAUACCAUGUAAAUUGAGUGGAAAUUAUCCUCAUUUGGCAACAAUUAUUUCAGAAUACCAAUGGCCAAUAAUAUUAGAGAAAGCAAUAGGAAAAAUGUUAGGUCUUGGAUAUAAUUCUUUUAAGGCUUUAAAAAAUGAUUCAAUUGAAUUCUAUUUAUAAGUAUUCUUCCUAAAAUUAACAAAUUAGAUGAUAACUGGUUAAUUGAUACAUGAAUAAGAGUUUCAAUCGUUUGAAGAUUUAGAGAAGAAAUUGAAAGACAAAUCAAAUAUUUUAUUCGUCAAAUAUUAGUAAGAUUCUAAGUCCAUAGCUUCUGUAAUUACCACACAUCCAAGUGAUGGUUAAGACUAAUUAAAACUAAUUAAAUUAAUUGCUCCAAACUCAGAAUCUGUUUACUUUUAAGGCAGGUAAAAAGAUGAUUCAGUUUGUUAUUUAAGUUGGGAGGAGUUUAAAACGAAUUUUCAAAGUGUUCAUGUUUUAUAAUGGAAGGAUGACUAUAUAAUGACUGCAAUCUCUUUAGAGAAUCCAAUUGAAAGAAAAACUGACAUCAUUGAACACACUUAUAGUUAUAAAUUUAAAAUAGAAAAUUAGGGCAAUUAUUAAUGCACUUUAUGGUAGAAAGAUUUUGUAAUCGAAGACAAUGAGAUAAUAAUAAGGAGUCAAAAUAAUAAAAAAUAAAUUGGUUUACUCAGAGUGUUAUUAUUUUAGGAAUUGGAGUCUAAUUAAUAUAAAUUUAUUGAUGGAUAAUGUGAUUUUUAAUGCGACAUUUCUAUAAAUGCCCUCCUUGAAAAAGGUGAAUACUUAAUCCUAUGUCAAGCCUACUUUAAUAAUUUUGGAAAUGAUUCUUAAGAACCAUUAUAAAAAUAUUUUGAUCUAAAUUUCUCAAUUAAAGGAGAAAUUGCAAAUUCCAAAAUAUAUCCUGAUGAUUAAUUUGAAUAAAAAAAGAUAAAUCUAAUUAAAAGUUUAAUAUAGCAUACAUUGGCUAAAGAUAAAAAAAGAUCUAUUAUUUCCAGUCAUUAAUAGCAAAUAAAUGUUUAUACCAAUCAAAUAUAUGGUUUUCUGUACUUCUACUAUGAAAAUAGAGGGACAAUUGAUAUUUAGGAAUAAAUAGAAUUUAAGGAAUAAGGAUACUUAAUUCGAUAUGAUUCAUUAAAAAAGGAGAACCAAGUUUUAGUAGAAGUUAAGCAAAAUUGCUUUUAAAUUCUUUUGUAUACAUUAGAUCCAGAAAUUAUAAACAAAUCAGAGAACACUAAUUUUCAAUAUCAAUAUACACAUGCCUUAGUAGGUCAAUGUAAACACCAGAUUGGAUAGUGGAAAAUACAUGAUUAAAUUAGAGCAGAUUAAUAUACACAGAAGAUAGUGUGUGAUUAAUUUAUUGCAUACAUAAAUCAAAAUCAUUCAGGAAUUACGAUGUAGUUUUAAAAUAAUCAUGAAUAAGAUGUUAGUUUAGAAUUACAAUUUACUGAAUUGAAGAAUCUCAGGCUAGCAGAAAAUCCUCAAUGUCAAAUUGAUGGUUCUUCAAUCUAUAUCUAACUUCAAAAAAAAACUGAAAUGUAAAUUUAUUUUUAAACUAAUGAACCAUAACAAUAUUAUGGCCAUAAGAUUACAUUGGAAAUCACUAAAUUAAAUUGA